ACGAAAUGAAACAAAUAAAGUUUGAUUUUUCAAUUUUUAAUGGAUUCAAUAUAAAUUUAUCUAUAUCUAUAGUAUUAUGCAAAUGGUAAUGAUUCUUCAAAAGAUACAAUCGAUAAUAAUGAUAGAAUUUUAAUUGCACCUCUAUCAACAACUAAAGGAACUUCACUUGAACGAACAGUAGAAGAUAUGGUAACAUUUGAAUUUGUCGAAAAAUUUCGUAAAUCAUUUGCUGAAGCUGAUACUGAUAAUACAGGUUAUUUGGAUGUUAGUGAAUUUACUGCAUUUAUGCGACGAACAUAUCCUGAUAUAACCGAUCAUACAAAUUGUGAUGGUGAAGUUGAUCUUUCAGAAUAUUUAACAUAUAUUUUAUUUGAACAUCAAGAAAGAGAAAUUAUGUAUGAUAUGUCAAAACCAAUGCCUUAUCCAACUAAUCCAAAAGAAUUUACAUUAAAAAAUCUUUCACUUGAUGUGUAUAUUGGUUUUCAAUUUUUUCCGGGCAUAUCACGUACUGGUAAAAUUCUUGAACAAAUUGAUUAUACAUAUGGACGAUAUAUAUCAAUAACACGUAAUGGUAUUAUAUCACAUUGGUCAAUAUCAUUAAAACUUAUUCGAGAAUCAAAAAUUCAAUCAAUUGAACAAAGAAAACAAACUCUUCCAUUAUGGAUAACAUGUACAUGUGUUCUACCAGAUAUGAAUUAUUUUGCUAUAGCAACAACAGAACGUGAUCUAAUUUUUUAUGACAUAAAUUCUCAUACAUAUACAGGUUCUAUUAUAAUAAAUCAUUUUCCAGCUAGUCUAACAACAAUUGAUUAUCGUAUGAAUAUAAAAAAUUCUUCUCAAUCAACAAUUUUUUGUGGAGAUUCAUUAGGAAAUUUAUUUAUAUUUCAAGCUAAAGAUCCAUAUAAACCAAUGUUUCAUAUAUCUGAUAUAACACAUUAUAUGAAAACAGGUUCAAUAAGAAAUUAUUCAUUUCCACGAAUAAUUAAUAAUGAAUAUUUAACUGUAUCAAUAAUUCGUUUUUGUAAUUUACAUAAUGAUUGGAUUGUUCAAGUUAAAUGGAUUGAUGAUCUAGAUUUAUUUAUAUCAUGUGCAUUAACAUCAACACGAAGUUUAUAUAUUGGAGAUUUAAAUAAAAAAAUGGGAAAAUAUGCUGUAGCAAAGAAAGGUUUUACUGUUUUUGAUUAUUGUAAGGCUCAUCGAUCAAUAGUAACUGGUAGUAAUGAUGGUGUUAUUCGUUUUUGGGAUCCAUUUGUUACAGAACGAGCAGCAGCUAUAUUACGUGGACAUAACUCUUCUGUUACUCAUUUAGUUGUUGACAAUCGAGAAAAUCAUAUAAUUAGUAUUGAUAAAGGAAAAAAUAUUAUUAUUUGGGAUGUUCAAACAUUAAAAAUAAUUCAACGUAUAUCACAUACAAUAUUUGAUUUAUCUGGACAGGAUUUAACAAUAUGUUAUUUAAAUCCAACACAACAAUGUUUAAUUAUAGGCAAUAAAAAACUUCUUUCAUUAUCACAUAUAAAUGAAUCAUAUAUUCAUAAUGAACGUACAUCACAUAUAUAUUCAAUAACAAAAAUUUUAUAUAAUUCUUUAUUUGAUGUUAUUAUAUCAUGUGAUGAAGGUUCAACAAUAAAUAUAUGGAAUAUAAUAACAGGUGAAAAAAUUAUGCAUAUAUUAAAUGCACAUGUUACACAAUUUGAUGAAUAUAAUGAACAUGCUGUAGAAAUAACAACAAUGUGUUUAGAUGAAGCUAAACGUCGUUUAAUAACAGGUGCACAUGAUGGUUCAUUAGCAUUAUGGAAUUUUAAUAAUGGUCAUAAUCUUUAUCGUAUUAAUUCAAAUGGUAUACAUGCAAAAGAAAUAACAGCAUUAUUACAUGAAAAUGAACGUUUAUUUGUUGCUGGUUGGUCAAGACGUAUUCGAGUAUUUCAUUUGAGUAAAUCAGUUAUUAUUCGACAAGUCGAUGAAUUUCGAUCAUUACAUAAUGAUGAUAUUUUAUCAAUGAGUAUAAUGAUGAAUAUUCUAGCCACUGCUAGUUAUGAUGGUGAUAUUAUUCUAUGGACAAUUGAAACAGGAAUGCCAUUUAUGAAAUUAAAUUCAGUUCAAGAUAUUAAACCAAAACUAAUAUCACUUUCAUGGCUUUAUAAACAGACGACAAAAGGUGCUAUUCAAACUGUUUUUCCAAAAUAUUUUUCUCGUCGAAGAAUUAAAAAAAUAAAAAGACGUGAUACAGAUAAUACAGAACGAAUUCGUCAAUCAUUAUUAAAUCGUCUUCGAACAAAUUAUGAAACAUCUGUUGAAAGUGUUUUAAAAUCUAAUGUUGAUAAUCAAUUUCAUCCAUCAAUAAUAUCAUCUGAUUAUCAUUUGGAUGAAUUAAUUUUUCUUCAUACACGUGAAAUAAAUCCUUCGUCAGCUACUCUUAUUACUGCUGGUAGUAUGGGUUGGAUUUGGUGGUGGUCUAUACAUGUAAUUGGACGUUUAAUUGCUGUUUUUAAUGGAGCAAGAAAAUCUCAAGAACAUGUUCUAGCAAUGUGUGUAGAUGAAAAAUGUAAUAUAUUAUUUACAUCUGAUACAGCUGGAUAUGUUGCCCUAUGGUUUAUUGGUGAUUAUGCUUGUAAACAACCGGAUUCAAAAGAAAAACAAAUGAAAUUAAUGGAAGAAAAAAAUCAAAUAUUAACAUAUUUUUCUUCUAGUCUACAUCCAAAUAGCGCUGAAAUACAAGAAAUGAAGAAUCAAGCUGAACAAAAAUUACGAGAUCAUAUGGGAACACCACCCAUUGGUAUAAAUCAAGAUCGAGCUACAUUUUUAAUAAAUACUGUUAUUUAUCCACAAUUAUUAAUUGCUUAUCGUGCACAUAUUCGACCAAUAACAUCAAUUUGUUAUGCUAAUGAUCGUGAAAUUGUCAUAACAAGUUCAAUUGAUUGUACUAUACGAUUAUUUACUCUUACUGGACGAUAUAUUGGUUAUAUGGGUCAAUCAAUGUCUUGGGGACCAUUGAGUUCAAAUAUUAUUUUAAAAGAUUUACCAAAACAAAUUCCUGAAGAUAUACGUCGAAUUGGUUCAGCUACAACACUUGAAUUACUUCGUGGUGAUGUUGGAAAACGAUGGAAAUUAUUAAAACAUACAAUUGUUGCAUGGACUUCAUUACCUAUUUUUCGAUAUUUUUAUCAAAAUAAAGAUUCUGAAAUUCAAAAAACAUCCGUUCAUAUACAAUCACAAUCAAAUAUUCAUCAUGAAUCAAGUAAUUCCACAAUAAAUCAUUUACGAAAAUUAGAUAUUGAAGAAAAACGAGAAUGGAUACAACGUCGUGAACGUCUUCAACAAAUAAUUAAAUUAGAUCGUGUAAAUUUUAUUCCAAUUAUUAAAAAAAAAUCUGUUGAAUCAAUGCUUAAAAUUCAACGAGAAAAUUUUGGUAUAACAAUGCCUAUACUUGGUCAAUUUAGUCGAAAAUAUAUGCAACAUAGACCAAUAUCAAAUUUCAAUCAUUUACAAAUUCAUGGUGGAAAGGCAAUUAUUUAUUCAUUAUUACCAUUAGCAUCCUCACCAGAUAAUAUCCCAGAUUUUACAUUAAAUUCGGAAGAAAUUCAAAAUGAUAUUUUAUUCGAAUAUGCCGAUAUAAAAUUGCAAGAAAACGAACAUUUACAACAACGUAUUAAUAAACAUUCAAUAAUUCAAUCGAAUGAACUUUUUUUCAAUGAAGAUAAAUUACCAAAAAUUAAAAGAAAUCAAGAUAUUCAAAUAUGUCCAUCAAUUAAAUUACAAACAAAUACUUUAUCAUUAAAAUAA